UCCGCCCGACGGCCCCCGUGUGUUUCCAAAAUGGCGGCAGCGAUGGAUGUGGAUACCCCGAGCGGCACCAACAGCGGCGCGGGCAAGAAGCGUUUUGAAGUGAAAAAGUGGAAUGCAGUAGCCCUCUGGGCCUGGGAUAUUGUGGUCGAUAACUGUGCCAUCUGCAGGAACCACAUUAUGGAUCUUUGCAUAGAGUGUCAAGCGAACCAAGCAUCCGCGACUUCUGAAGAGUGCACAGUGGCGUGGGGCGUCUGUAACCACGCGUUUCACUUUCACUGCAUCUCCCGCUGGCUCAAGACGAGGCAGGUGUGUCCGCUGGACAACAGAGAGUGGGAGUUCCAAAAGUAUGGCCACUAACUAGAAUAAGAAUUCUUCUAUCAAGCUUGAUUGUUUUGUUAUUCGUUUAAUGACUUGCCCUCAUAUUAAUUAUAAACUAGGUAGAACGGUGUCUUUUCCGCUUUGUGUCUUUGGUUUGCCUGUUCCACAGCCAUAUUGUAUUCCGUGUCAAAUAAAGUCCAGUUGCAUCCCAGAACA